AUGGCGCGAUUCAGAGCAAGCAAUAUUCUGGGCGACCCCUUCGCCCUCGCAACGAUCUCCAUCGCGAUACUCGCGUGGAUAAUCGCUUUUAUUUCAUCCAUCAUCGCAAACAUCAAGAUGGCGGAUUAUCCAAAUCAUGCGUGGUGGGCAAUCGCCUACAUGUUCUGUUGCACCAUUGGAGUCACGGUUGUCGUUGGUUCAGAUACCGGUCUGGUCUAUGGUGUAGCGGUUGUGGGAUAUCUUUCUGCCGGUCUCGUGUUGACCAGUCUGUCGGUCAACACUUUGGUCUAUAAGGGCAAUUCCUCCGCGCAAGCUGCAGCUGCUGGAUUCAUUCUUCUGUCUAUGAUCAUUAUCGUCUGGAUAUUCUACUUCGGAUCGACCCCUCAAGCGACGCAUCGCGGCUUCAUCGACUCCUUCGCGCUCAACAAGGAAGGCGGCAACGCGUAUGGAAACGGUCGACCCAUUUCGACAGCAUUUGGUCAUCGCCCUGAGACAACCUCCACGAGCGCACCGCAGAUGUAUACUUCGGCCCAACUCAACGGCUUCGAGACCUCGUCCCCCAUUUCAGGUUAUCCGGGCGGCGCCCCUGGAUCGGAGAACCGCAGCUCUUCGCAACCUCGUUUCGGCAAUCCAUCUGCCAGCAACCUUCCGGCAAAUAAUAACGGGCAGUCACAAGACGAAGUUCCGCAGCCGACCGAAUACCCGUACCGAGCCAAGGCGAUUUACUCUUAUGAUGCCAACCCCGAAGACGCCAACGAAAUCAGUUUCAGCAAGCAUGAAAUCCUCGAAGUAUCCGAUGUCAGCGGCCGAUGGUGGCAGGCCAGAAAAUCCAGCGGAGAGACCGGUAUUGCUCCAUCGAAUUAUCUAAUUCUGCUGUGA